AGGCACGAAAGAUGUCACGUCUUCAAAGGAUAUAACGGUGCGAUUGAUCUGAUUAUAAUAAGAUUGUGUUUUAGUAUCGUUUCGGUUCGUAUAGUUCAUCGCGACAUAAGCGAGUCAUAGUUUCGAUUAAUUUUCUCCUAUUUUCGCUAGAGAAUAAAGAUAAGUUUUUAACAAUAAUGCCAGGGUGGCACUUUAGUGUAUUUACAAGGCGUUUAAUAAUCAAUAAUACAAGUUGAUGAAUCUAAUGUGAGAAUGCAAGUUGUUCUGAAAUGAUGUCAAGCUAUAAUAGAAAUACAACCGCUCAAAGAAGAGCAGCGGUGAUAGAUUAUGAACGUCAGUUUCAAGAAGAUUUAGAACGAGCACAAGCAUUGAGUUUAGAGAGCUUAGCAUUAGAAAAAUUUAGACUACAGAAGCAACAGAUGCAAUAUGGCAAAAAUUUUACUCAGGAAAAUUAUAGCAACCAGAGCACAAGCUCGUGCAUUAAUAAUACUACUAUCAGUAAUACAACGGAAACUGAUGGUUCGAUCCAUGAAAAUAAAUUUCAAUUGAGAAGUAGACCUAGGCCUGGUAGUAAUACAAAUCAAUCUAGAAAUGCAAUGAUCGUACAACUACAACCUCCACCGGUUCCGUGUCGAAGAAACUCAACGGUUAAUCAGAGUCAAUCAACUGAUUUGAUUAAUUUUACAAGUCCUGUUAAACAGGAUAGUUUAACAGAAUACUGUUGUGCUCCACCACCAUUACCUUCGAAAACAGUGGUCGAACCAAAAUGGGAAAACCAUACUGCAUUAAUGCAAAAAAAUUCUCGAGUAUCAAGAAGCAACAGCUCAGCAGCUGCGUAUCAAACAACAGAUUUUAGAUAUAAUACAGCAGUACCAAUACCAGGACCUAAAUCUUCAACUGCACCAUGCACACCAGCAACAUCUGGGAUAAGUCCAGUUUUAUCAAGAGCUGGCAGUGUUAGUAAUAAUGUACCUGAUAUUGUUCCACAGAUACCACCAUUACCAUCGAAUUAUCGGCCAACAAUUGCCCCUCUACCAGUGAAUAAAAUUCCGCAACUUACAUAUCCAUUGGACGAUGGACAAUUAAAUGUCUUUAAGGUUAUAGAAAAAAAACCAAAUAGCAAUCUUAUAGAUUUAAGUGUCAUUGAACAUUUCGAAGACAAAUCAAAUGUUAGAGUUAGUGUACUUGAGGCAUUCGAUCCCCUUCUUAUAAAAACAAUUAAAGCUGAUGAAAACAAGGAAGCUAUUGCCGUUAAGGAUUGUAACAAUGAUGCCGAUUCACCAGUUGAAGGGUCUGUUUAUGAUCCCUUUGAUCCAUUUGAUUAUAUGUAUAGUACAAGUGAAACAGUUAAUUCUGACCCGGUAUACGCAGCUGUUGAUAAAUCUACAAAAUCACCUGCGGUCUCCCCAGCGGCUCCUCCACCAUUACCCCCAAGAAAUUCAUCCGCCUGGAAUACAAUUGAAAGAAGAAGAACUUCUUUGGAUCGAAGGCAAAAGCAGCAAACUCGAUUGUAUGAAAAUGUUAAUGUAGUUAAAGUUAGAGCUUCUUUGCAUGAUUGUGAUUUACUAGCUUUUCAUAAAAUGGUUAAAUUAGUCAGAGGAGAUUUUCCGUAUAAUAAUCCAAGUACCAACAUUGGUCAUGUUGUUAGUCCAAUGAUGGAAAGCUCAUAUCCUGAAAAUACCAGUAUAAAGUUAAUAGUGCACUCAAAAAUGUUGAGUGAUUUAAAAGAUAAUAUGCCGUCCAUAUCGUUUACAUGCGAUGUUAAUUGUAGUGUUGAGCACGUGAUUCUUAACGUUGCAUGUUCCUUAGAAGAUGAAGAUACUGUUAACGUCGAAAAAUACUGCCUUAGAGUUUGGGGCUUAGCAGAAUAUUUAGCUCCAAAUACUAAUAUUGUACAGUAUGAAUAUGUUCAUCAAUGUAUUAAAUUAGAAAAAGAUAUAGAACUUGCAAUUGAAACUAAAAUCCAAAUGAAACGUUCUAUAGCUAGAACAAUUCAAGAUGAUAAUCGAGAUCAGUGUCUUAAAUUGGAAGAUAUAUUACCAAAUGAACCAUUACAGCCUAUUUCUUACGAUACCCUUCUUAUAUUAUUGGAGACUGUCGAGAAAGAAAUGGAACGAGUCGAAAAUACAGCAUCACAAUUGGCGACAUCAAUUCACGGGUCAAAUCUACUUCCUCAAUUACAGCCUCGAGGCGUUGUUCAAGCCGUCAAAGCCGUUUGUACUUUGAUGGGUAAUGUUGAGACUUAUGAGAUCACAGAAGCCGUGGAUAACUUCGUAAAUGCCUGCUGCAAAUUUUUACCACAGAUACAUACUACGAAUAUUGAAUGUAAAAAGCCAGAAAUUCUGCAUGAGGAUGGCGAUUACUCGGUUGUAACAUUAAGAACCAAAUUUCCAGACGUUAUUUCGUCACAUUGUAAUAAAAUUCGAGAUGCAGUACAAGACCUGGUGGAGACAUAUUGUCAUGCUUUUAGAGUAGAUUUUCAACUCAGCAGUAGAGGAGAAUAUCCUACGAAUACUUUAGUUUCUUCACAAGUAAUAGAUACAGUUUUAGUCAGAGUUGGUGCAUUACACAGAUUGCCAAGUUCAUGGAAGCACGAUGAUUAUAUUGUUGCUGCGCAAAUUUUUCAUGGCACAAGGCCUGUUGGAAAUCCAGUGCUUUCGGAACCUAUGACUGCUGGUCAUUCCAAUUUUUAUCCUAAAAUUUUAUUUAAUUCUUGGUUAGAGUUUCGAGGAAUAAGUGUUUGUCAAGUACCGCGGGAGGCUCGACUGGUGCUUGUUGUUUAUGGUCGUACUCAACAACCAAUCGACCAUGAGGCAAAUUCAAGCCAAGGAACUAUAGAGAAGGAAGAACUGGGUUGGGGAGCCAUACAGUUCUUUGAUUAUGAUGGGGUAAUGAGCCAAGGAAGCUUUUUUUUAUCAUUAUGGCCAGCAGUUGCUGAUAAAAGAUUAGGUCCUGCACCAGCACCUGGAAUUCAUCCGCAUGGUGAUAAACAUCCAAUUAUUGGCCUGGAACUUCCCGAUUAUGGUGGAAAAGUUUUAUUUCCCACCGAACUUCGAGAUCACGACAUCGAGUCUCUCGAUUUCAACUCAUUGGAUCAAAAUACACAAGAGCUGCUUUUAUAUAUUGCCGAACAAGAUACUUUCUCGAGGCCACCUGUUGAUGAACGAGAAAUUUUAUGGGAAAAAAGACAUUAUCUGCAUGAGAAACCAGAGGCAUUACCAAAAAUUCUUCUAGCAGCUCAUAGCUGGGAUUGGGCUUGUUUACCUGAUUUGCAUGCUUCGUUACGCGUAUGGAAACCACUUCCGCCGGUUCAAGCUCUUCAAUUACUUUUGCCAUGUUUUCCAGAUAUGAAAGUUAGAGAAAUGGCUAUUAGUCGAAUACAGGACCUUACUAAUGAUGAAUUAGUUGAUUAUUUGCCUCAAUUACUUCAAGCAUUGAAACACGAAACGUAUGAAGCUUCUCCAUUAGCGAGAUUUCUCUUAGAAAGAGCUUUGCUAUCACCUCGGGUUGCACAUCACAUUUAUUGGUUAUUAAAUCAAGCUUUACCUGGCCAAAGUCCUCAAAAUUCUUCAGAAACAUCUUCUCAAGAUGACAAAAGUUUGAGUUUUGCUCGGUAUCACAGAAGAUUACAAUUAAUGCUUCGUGCACUACUCGCAGUAAUUGGAAAUGCCUUACGAAAUAGUUUUCUUGCUCAACAAUUUCUUGUUAAAAAUCUACACGAGGUAGCAGAAAAUAUAAAAACAACCAAAGAAUCUUUAAAGGUUGAAGCACUGAAGGUAGGAUUGCAAAAUAUAAAUGCUCAAUUACUUGAAGAUGAUGGUACAUGUUUACCAUUAUCUCCAAGUCGACAAGUUGUUGGAAUCAAUGUUGCAACUUGUUCCUACUUUCCUUCUUUUACAUUACCUCUUAAGAUCAACUUUAUAGGAUGCGAUAAUGAUAUUAGUCCUGCAAUUUUCAAGGUUGGGGAUGAUCUGCAGCAAGAUAUGCUUACCAUUCAAAUGGUGCGUAUAAUGGAUAAACUAUGGCUCAAGGAAGGUCUCGAUCUCAAAAUCGUUACCUUUGCAUGUGUGCCUACUGGCUAUAAACGGGGUAUGAUUGAAAUGGUCACGAACGCGGAAACUCUAAGAAAAAUCCAAGUAGAAUUUGGCCUUACGGGCUCUUUUAAGGAUCGACCAAUAGCCGAAUGGCUCGCAAAACACAAUCCCUCCGAGCUCGAAUACGAACGAGCGGUUGAAAAUUUUACGGCUUCCUGCGCUGGAUACAGUGUAGCUACAUACAUUCUUGGUAUCUGCGAUAGGCACAAUGAUAAUAUUAUGUUAAAGACAUCAGGACACCUAUUUCAUAUAGACUUUGGUAAAUUUUUGGGAGAUGCUCAAAUGUUUGGAAAUUUCAAAAGGGAUCGAACUCCAUUUGUUUUAACAUCGGAUAUGGCGUACGUAAUUAAUGGUGGCGACAAACCUUCUGCGAAAUUUCAUCAUUUUGUUGAAUUAUGUUGUCAAGCAUUUAACAUUGUUAGAAAGCAUGGAAAUUUAAUUCUUCAUCUUUUUGGUUUGAUGACAUCUUCGGGGAUACCGGGUGUAACGAUGGACGCGGUGAGCUACGUGCAGCGAGCACUACUUCCUGGACAGACGAAUCCCGAGGCCGCUGCGACUUUCGCCAGGAUGAUCGAGAGCUCCCUCAAGAGCUGGUUCACGCAAUUCAAUUUCUUCCUACACAACCUCGCCCAGCUCAGGUUCAGUGGUGAUCACAGCGAUGGCGAGCUGCUUUCGUUCAUUCCACGCACUUACACAAUGCAACAAGAGGGACAAUUGACAAGUGUUCAAGUUCAUGGUUACCAAAAGAGAUACGACCCGGAGAAGUAUUACAUGUACAUUCUUAAAAUUCAGAGGAAAAGCCAGACAGAUCCAACUUAUUUAUUUAGAUCAUAUAAGGAAUUCUGUGAAUUCUAUCAGAAAUUAUGCAUACACUUUCCUCUUGCUAAAGUAGCUAGUUUGCCCAGUGGAAUGAGCGUUGGACGGUCCAAUAUUAAGCAAGUGGCUGACAAGAGACGCGCCGAUAUUGAAAAGUUUCUUUUGAGUCUUUUUAAAAUGGCUCCUGAAAUUUCGCAAAGCGAUCUUGUUUAUACAUUCUUUCAUCCACUCUUGCGAGAUCAGCAAAAUGCUGAUAUCCAUCUUCGGAAAGUUAAAGUUGGCAAUUGGUGGGCUGAGAAGAAGGUUCGAGAGAAUGUUCAAAGUGGUCAAGUAAAGCUCUCCCUUCAUUACACUCGUGGAACUCUCUGUAUUAUGGUAUAUCAUGCAAGAGGAUUGCCAAAAGUUGCAAAUGUACAGGAGCCUAAUACCUAUGUAAAAGUUUACUUAAAACCUGAUCCUACAAAAGCCACAAAGCGAAAGACCAAAGUUGUUAAAAAGAAUUGUCAUCCGUCUUUCAUGGAAAUGUUGGAGUAUCGAAUGCCAUUAGAUGUAAUUAAGGAUAGAACGCUUGAAGCGACAAUUUGGAAUCAUGACACCCUUCAAGAAAAUGAAUUUUUAGGUGGCAUUCGUUUACCUCUCAAUCGUAUUGAUUUGUCAAAUGAAAUUGUCGAAUGGUUUCCGCUGGGCGGUGUUCGAUAAAUGAUGAAACGAAUGGGAAUAAACGAUGUCCCUUUAUUUUAAUAAGGCUGUGGUGAGAUUUUUAAGUUUAUGACCGCAUUUAAGAUUGUAACCGGUCGCAAUAUUUUUUUUUCUUUUUUCUUUUUAUUUUUUCUUAAUAGUAUCACUGAUACGCACAAAAAUUGAAAUAUAAUAGUCAACAAAUAUUUGCACGAAAUAAGAAGGAAAAAUAUUUUAUUGCACAGUCUUUAAGCACGAAUUUCGACACAUUCUAUAUACAUUUAAAAAGUGCGAGCUAUUUUAAUGCAAAGUGCAGUUUUUUUAAACACGAUAAUAAAUAAAAAGCAAAUUGCUUGUUACAAAGCAAUUUAUAUGUUCGAUGAAGGAAGAUGAAUUUUACAAGAUUAAGCCUAAUUAAUUUAUUUAAAAUGCUUUCGUUUCUUUUUG